AAUAUGGCGGAUGUAGCGGAGCCGGAGAAGAAAAGAAGGAAAGUAGAAGAGCACACUGACAAGUUAGUGUUGAAUGAAUGUAGCAGCCCUGGUUUCUGCAUGUGUGAGAAUGGCUGUUGAUGGUGGGUAUGGGGACACUGGAGACUGGGAAGGUCGCUGGAAUCACGUGAAGAAGUUCCUUGAGCGUUCAGGACCGUUUACACACCCUGACUUUGAACCAAGUACUGAAUCACUCCAAUUUCUGCUAGAGACCUGCAAAGUUCUUGUUAUUGGUGCAGGAGGUUUAGGAUGUGAGCUCCUUAAAAAUCUGGCUCUAAUGGGCUUCAGACAAAUUGAUGUCAUUGAUAUGGAUACAAUAGAUGUUUCUAAUCUGAACAGACAAUUUUUAUUCAGACCAAAAGAUGUAGGAAGGCCGAAAGCUGAAGUUGCUGCCGAAUUCAUUAGUGGCCGAAUACCUGGUUGCAAUGUAGUUCCCCAUUUUAAAAGGAUACAAGAUUUCAGUGAAUCCUUUUACAGACAAUUUCACAUCGUUAUUAGUGGAUUAGAUUCUAUCAUUGCACGGCGAUGGAUCAAUGGAAUGUUGAUAUCCCUGCUGAACUUUGAAGACGGAACUCUAGACCCAACCUCCGUUAUUCCAUUGAUUGAUGGUGGGACUGAGGGGUUUAAGGGUAAUGCACGUGUGAUACUUCCAGGAAUGACGGCAUGUAUAGAGUGUACAUUGGAACUGUACCCUCCUCAGAUAAACUUUCCUAUGUGUACUAUUGCUUCUAUGCCUAGACUUCCAGAGCAUUGUAUUGAAUACGUCAGAAUCUUACAGUGGCCCAAAGAAAACCCCUUUGGAGAGGGCAUAGCACUAGAUGGUGAUGAUCCAGAGCAUAUCAAGUGGGUUUUUCUGAAAUCACUUGAAAGAGCUGCUCAGUUCAACAUUACUGGUAUAACAUACAGACUUACACAAGGCGUUGUCAAGAGAAUUAUCCCUGCAGUAGCAUCUACAAAUGCUGUAAUUGCAGCUGUAUGUGCAACUGAAGUCUUCAAAAUUGCAUCAAGUGCAUAUAUUCCUCUGAAUAACUACUUGGUCUUCAAUGAUGUUGAUGGGCUUUACAUGUACACAUUUGAAGCAGAGCGUAAGGAAAACUGUCCUGCCUGCAGCCAGGUUCCUCAGGAUUUACAGUUUCCGCCAUCCGCAAAACUUCAAGAACUCCUAGAUUACUUAACUCAAAAUGCUUCAUUGCAAAUGAAGUCUCCAGCUAUCACUGCAACUUUGGAUGGAAAAAAUAAAACACUUUAUUUACAGACAGUAGCAUCAAUUGAAGAAAGAACAAGACCAAAUCUGUCAAAAACCCUAAAAGAAUUGGGGCUUACGAAUGGACAGGAGCUGGCAGUGGCUGAUAUAACAACACCUCAAACAGUGCUCUUCAAACUCCAUUUUACACCUUGACUUUUUUGCAAACUUUUUGAAUAGUUCAAUUGUAUAAAAAGUUAGUUUAGGAAAAUUAUUUAUCUGUUUUUCAUCGGUGUACCUUGUCACUCUCUAAUGGGCUUGGAAUUGAGUUUGAAAAUAUUCACUAGUAUCACAUCAGACCCAUUAAUAAAAGUUUAUUUUGUGUAUUAUGUUUAAGUGUGACAGGAGCUGAAUUGCCAAUUUAAAGUUAUAGCAAUGACAUUGUGUAUAGGAAACUGACACUUGCUGUUCUUUGCCACUUCACAUAGAGUAACCCCAAAGUAUUGAGUUUCAAUGAUUAUUUUAUAUUAAGAAAGCAAGGGAUGAAUUUUGUUUCAAAAUGUGUACAGCUUUUUGUCAACUUUUCAGAAGAUUUUUUUUUCUUGCAGUUUAGGUUUUAUAUAUAUUUAUUGAUAUAGGGUGUUAACUCGAAGUACCAAGUAAGCCACUUAAACUUACUUUGACCCAAGUUAAUGCUCUUAAACCUAAUAUUUAAUUGGCUUAGAAACUAAACUUGAAAUUCAGAACAAAGUCAUACAUAGGCUAGUUAAGUUCUAAUUUUGGCCACAAUGUGCUUUUAAAAUGUGUUGUUUAGUAAUGAUGGGUUGUAGCUGAAGUGAAGCCCCAAACCAGAAACUGUUCAAACAAACAUUUUUAAAAGUUUUGAAAAUGUAAAUUAUCUUUCAUCCUGUUACUUAUUAAAGUUUGUGAAUACUAUAAUAAAGUAAAUAAUACUCUUAGGGUUGUAAACUAGAGUCUGCAUUAAAUGUGUAAAUUCUGAAGAAUACCUAACAUAUGCUAAUUUGUAACAUGCUUGAAAAAUGAGUGCUUUAAAAAGAUGUGGUGGGUUUACCCACUGAAGUUCCAGUGUAUCCAAUGUCCUUUGGGCAUUUUCCCACCGGAAGCGCCAAAUCUGGAAUACUGAUGAGUAGGAGAUAACAACGUGAUAUUUUUGCUGAGUUUGUGGUCCUCUGAUGGAGUGUUGAUUCAAACUAAUGAAAUAGAAUAAAAUAUUUGAAAAGGUGCUGGAGCACAGGCACGUGGAGCCAAGAUGCAUGUCCGAAGGAGGCAACUUAGCAUUGCGAGUGACCAUCUGGCACAGAAGAAUAAGUAAAAGUUAUAGCAUAGAAUGGAGCAUAAAGAUUUUAUUAGAUGACACCUGUUGAGGGCCUGAAUGAGAGUGUUCUUUGUGUUAUGGUGAGUGUUGGACAGCUCUUUUGUAGUAGAAUUUUAAAAAGUUCCAACUUGGAAAUGUUAUUUAUUGUAAUUGUAUAUAAGCAGUACAGUGGUGAAUAUCAAGCUGUGUGACCCUGGAAGGCAUCUUAUUAAAAAAAGUUGUAGUUGA